AUGUCGGCUAAUCAACCCCAACAACUCGCUAGAGCGAGUCGUAUUUGGUCGGUUGCAGAGGAUGAAGCUCUUACUGGUUUGUACAUGAAAUUUAGUCAAGAUGCGAUUUCAGGUACAAAUCAAAAAGCAACUGUGCUUUGGCGCAAAGUGUCUGCGGCGUAUGAUAAAGCGCAAGUUGAGAAACCCCACAUUCUACCGCCCAGACCUGUGAGGAGUUUAGAAAGCCAUUGGAGAAGGAUGGCAACAGUUUUGCUGCAAUGGAGCACUUGUUAUGAUGAAGAUGGUAGAGCUACAGGGAGUGGUUACAAUGAAGUUGAUCCAAUUAGCAACGCAUCCAAGUUAUUCUAUAUUUUGGUCAACCCUCCCCAUAAUUUCACUUGUCACCAUGUGUGGGAAAUGAUUAAAAAUGACCCAAAAUUUAGGACUAAACUGAGAUGGGGAUUAUCAAAAGAGGAAACACAAGCUUGUGGUGAUGAUGUCGAAGAUGAUAGCAGUGACAGUGGGAAGAGAUGUAGAACUGAAGUUGCAGGUGAUGGCCCUUCUACCGGAUUGUCAUCUGGAGGUCUACCUCGACCCGAUGGUGUUAAAAAAGCAAAAGCCAAGCGUAAUAAGGGGAAACAGGUGGCUUCUGAAAGUGCAGUUUUAAGCAUUGGUGAGCAAAUGAAGGCAAGUAAUGAAAAUAGAGAAAGAGAGGCUAUUCUACGUCAAAAGAAGUUGGAUCUGGACGAGAAAAGGGAGAUGAGAAAACAAAAGCAGGUUGAAUUACAGGAAAGAAUAUUGAAAUUAAAAAAGGUGAUGUGUAUUGUGGUGGGGUAUAAGAAAUAG